ACAUAGACACGCUCCCCUUAUGUCUAUUACAUGAUCUCUGAAACAGACGGCGAGGUCUUGCGUAAUCUUCCAGGCUAAGAAACUUCCACUAGGUCAAACAAGGUUCACCCACGGACGUCUGCAAAUUCCAGUGCAGUAGGCUGUUUGUAACAAUGCAACACUUUUAAAUCUAGCCUCGGUUAGAGUAGCAACUAGUUCAGAUGCAGUAAAACGGUGAGUUUAGUUUUGCAUUCAUCAUUAGCCUGCAUUAGUUGUAAAGGCUACCCGUCUGGCAGGCGCAUGCAUUAUCCAUUCCUUUUGUUUUCGUUUUGAUUACACAACAUGACUUGUUGGUUGCAUUGUUUUCGCCUAACUUUUGUGUCGCACAAGUUCAAACCAAACUUUCCAAGUCGGUUAAAGUGGCACCAAACUCGAGCAAAAAGUUAUCUUCCACAGAACUUCCACUCCUACGAGACCCUCCGGACGCUUUAUAACCCUCGCAUUCCAGAAUAUUUCAACUUUGCGAAAGAUGUACUGGAUGAGUGGGAGACGAAGGAGAAGCAUGGAGAGAAGUCGGGGCAGCCUGCUUUCUGGUGGGUGAACGAUGGUGGGAAAGAGAUCAGGUGGAGUUUUGAAGAGCUGGGGUUCCACUCGCGACGGCUUGCCAAUGUGCUGACGGGAGAAUGCCGACUGCAGAGAGGGGACAGGGUGCUCCUCAUCCUACCCAGAAUUCCAGAGUGGUGGCUGGUCAACAUUGCAUGCCUGAGAACAGGUACAGUUCUUAUCCCGGGCACAGCCCAGUUGACAGCCAGGGACAUCCUGCACCGCCUGCAGUCCUCCGGGGCUAAGUGCGUGGUGACGGACGAGUCGCUGGCUCCCCUCCUGGACUCGGUGGCGUCUGAGUGCGCCUCACUGCAGGCCAAACUGCUGGUGUCUGACCAGAAGAGAGAAGGAUGGCUCAACCUCUCUGACUUGUUAAGGAGUGCGUCUGGAGAGCAUGUCUGUGUCGACACCAGCAGUACAGAGCCCAUGACCAUAUUCUUCACCAGCGGCACCACAGGCUCCCCCAAGAUGACCCAGCACAACCACUGCAGCUUUGGCAUUGGACUCACUGUCAAUGGCAGGUACUGGCUGGACCUGACUCAUAGGGACGUGAUGUGGAACACGUCUGACACGGGCUGGGCCAAGUCAGCCUGGAGCAGUGUCUUCGCCCCCUGGAUCCAGGGAGCAUGUGUGUUUGUACACCACAUGCCACGCUUCGAUACCACCACAGUUCUGCAGACCCUCUCCCGGUAUCCCAUCACCACCUUCUGCACGGCCCCGACUGCGUACCGCAUGCUGGUGCAGGAGGACUUGUCCAGGUACAGCUUCCCCAGUCUGCAGCAUUGCCUGUGUGCAGGGGAGCCGAUUAACCCGGAGGUGAUGGGCAAGUGGAGAGAGGCCACGGGCCUGGACAUCUACGAGGGAUACGGCCAGACAGAAACAGUGUUAAUAGCUGGGACUUUUAAAGGGAUGAAGAUCAAACCGGGAUCAUUUGGCAAACCAUCCCCAGCGUAUGAUGUACAGAUCAUAGAUGAUGAUGGGAAUGUGGUACCCCAGGGAAAGGAGGGCAACCUGGCAAUCAGAGUGAAGCCUCACAGGCCUUUCUCCCUCUUCACAGAGUACACGGACGACCCUCAGAGGACUGCAGAGUGUUUCCGUGGCGACUUCUACCUGACAGGGGACAGGGGGUUGCAGGAUGAGGAUGGAUACUUGUGGUUCAUCGGCAGAUCUGAUGAUGUCAUUCUGUCCGCAGGGUACCGCAUCGGCCCGUUUGAGGUGGAGAAUGCCCUGAUUGAGCAUGACGCCGUGGCCGAGUCUGCUGUGGUCAGCAGCCCUGAUGCUGUCAGAGGAGAGGUGGUGAAAGCGUUUGUGGUGCUUACCUCCGACUAUAAAACCAGGAGCCACGAGGACCUGAGAGCCGAGCUGCAGGCCCACGUGAAGAAGGUCACAGCUCCCUAUAAGUAUCCCCGCAAGAUUGAAUUUGUGGAGCAGCUUCCAAAAACGGUCAGUGGUAAAAUCCGGAGAGUGGAGCUACGGAACAAGGAAUGGGGGAGAGGUUGAUUCAGUUAAUGUAUGGACCUCAGUUACGUAUUUUAUGCCGUUUUUAAUGAGAAAUCAUUUGUAACACACAUUAAGAAAUAACUUCAUAUGAUUAUUAUCCUGUAAUGGAACCAAUGUAUACAUAUACAUAUAUUUUGUACAGUAUUACACUCUUAAUAAUAAAAUUUGUACAUUCCUGAACAUC